AUGAAUGUGAACCAGGUUGCGGAGAAUCUGGCUUUGAGCCAACAGGAAGAACUAGUGGAUUUACCAAAAAACUACCCCUUGAGUGAGAAUGAAGAUGGGGACAGUGAUGGAGAGAGAAAGCAUCAAAAGCUUCUGGAAGCAAUCAGUUCCCUUGAUGGAAAGAAUAGGCGGAAACUGGCUGAGAGGUCUGAGGCUAGUCUGAAAGUGUCAGAGUUCAGUGUCAGUUCUGAAGGAUCAGGAGAAAAGCUGGUCCUUGCAGAUCUGCUUGAGCCCGUUAAAACUUCAUCUUCUUUGGCCACUGUAAAAAAGCAACUGAAUAGAGUCAAAUCAAAGAAAGUGGUGGAGUCACCUCUUAACAAAGAAAAAAUUGAACAGAUCCACAGAGAAGUAGCAUUCAGUAAAACCUCACAGGUCCUCUCCAAAUGGGACCCUAUCAUCCUGAAGAACCAGCAGGCAGAGCAGCUGGUUUUUCCCCUGGGGAAGGAGCAGCCAACCAUUGCUCCCAUUGAACAUGCGCUCAGUGGCUGGCAGGCAAGAACUCCCCUGGAGCAGGAAAUUUUUAACCUCCUCCAUAAGAACAAGCAGCCAGUGACAGAUCCUUUACUGACUCCCAUGGAAAAGGCCUCUCUCCAAGCCAUGAGCCUGGAAGAGGCAAAGAUGCACCGAGCAGAGCUUCAGAGGGCUCGGGCUCUGCAGUCCUACUAUGAGGCCAAGGCUCGAAAAGAGAAGAAAAUCAAAAGUAAAAAGUAUCACAAAGUCGUGAAGAAAGGAAAGGCCAAGAAAGCCUUAAAAGAGUUUGAGCAGCUACAGAAGGUUAAUCCAACUGUGGCACUGGAAGAAAUGGAAAAAAUUGAAAAUGCCAGGAUGAUGGAAAGAAUGAGCCUUAAGCACCAAAACAGUGGGAAAUGGGCCAAGUCAAAGGCAAUUAUGGCCAAAUAUGACCUGGAGGCUCGCCAAGCUAUGCAGGAACAGUUGGCCAAAAACAAAGAACUGACACGGAAACUCCAGGUAGCCUCUGAGAGUGAGGAAGAGGAGGGAGGCACAGAAGUGGAAGAACUCCUUGUCCCUCAUGUAGUGAAUGAAGUGCAGAUGAAUGUGGAUGGACCGAAUCCCUGGAUGUUCAGGAGCUGCACCAGUGACACCAAAGAGGCUGCAACACAGGAGGACCCUGAGCAACUGCCAGAGCUUGCAGCUCAUGAGGUUUCUGCAAGUGAGGCAGAAGAAAGACCAGUGGCAGAGGAAGAAAUUUUGUUGAGAGAAUUUGAGGAGAGGCAAUCCCUUAGGAAAAGAUCUGAGCUUAACCAGGAUGCUGAGCCAGCAAGCAGUCAAGAAACAAAAGAUUCUAGCAGCCAGGAGGUGCUGUCCGAAUUGAGGGCACUAUCUCAGAAAUUGAAGGAAAAACAUCAGUCCAGGAAGCAAAAAGCAAGUUCAGAGGGGACUGUUCCCCAGGUCCAGAGAGAGGAACCUGCCCCAGAAGAAGCGGAACCUCUAUUGCUACAGAGGUCAGAGAGAGUACAAACUCUGGAAGAGCUAGAAGAGCUGGGAAAAGAAGAUUGUUUUCAAAAUAAGGAGCUUCCCAGACCUGUGUUAGAAGGACAGCAGUCAGAGAGGACCCCAAAUAAUCAGCCUGAUGCCCCUAAGGAGAAGAAAGAGAAGGAGCAACUGAUCGACCUACAGAACUUCCUAACCACACAGUCUCCUUCCAUGAGGUCUUUGGCAGUUCCCACAAUAAUAGAGGAGCUGGAAGAUGAAGAGGAGAGAGACCAAGGGCAGAUGAUAAAGGAAGCUUUUGCUGGGGAUGAUGUCAUCAGAGAUUUCUUGAAAGAGAAGAGGGAAGCUGUGGAGGCAAGUAAGCCAAAAGACGUGGACCUGACACUACCUGGCUGGGGCGAGUGGGGUGGUGUGGGCCUAAAGCCCAGUGCCAAGAAAAGACGCCAGUUUCUCAUUAAAGCCCCUGAGGGUCCUCCAAGAAAAGAUAAGAAUUUGCCAAAUGUGAUUAUCAGUGAGAAGCGCAACAUCCACGCAGCAGCUCAUCAGGUACAAGUGCUUCCAUAUCCAUUUACCCACCAUCAGCAAUUUGAAAGGACCAUCCAGACCCCUAUAGGAUCCACAUGGAACACCCAGAGGGCUUUCCAAAAGCUGACUACUCCCAAGGUCGUCACCAAGCCAGGCCAUAUCAUUAAGCCCUUAAAAGCAGAGGAUGUGGGCUACCAGUCUUCCUCAAGGUCAGACCUGCCUGUCAUACAGAGGAAUCCAAAACGAAUCACCACACGUCACAAUAAAGAAGAAAAACUGUAGGUUGAGUAGCUGGAGAAGUGACAGUCAGGGGCCCUGAUUCCACUUCCUUUGGUCCAGUUUUACUCUGCUACAGGGUGGAUUCCAAAACUGGCUCAGCACAUUGCAUGUAGUUGAGCCACAUUUUUUAAAAAAAGAAAAUGGAUGACCAUUAAUUGACUAGUGUUUUAGAAUUGAUCAGACAUUAGAACACAGAAAAAUUCUGGUACAUUUAAAUUCUGAACAAUACAGUGGAUGACCCUUUUGAAUAUACCUAAUGAUUUCCUUAAAAAAGAAAUUUUAAACAGACUUGUUUAAUCGUGUUCUCAAAGCAUACAGUCAAGAGGUGGGACUGACUGAUGCUUUAUAGGUGUGUGUAGGGUGGUAGAGGCCAAGGUGCUGCCAGCAAUCCUUUCCAUACUAGGUACUGGUGAAAAUUGUUUUUGUUUAUGCUGUCAGCACAUUUGUGUGGGUCUCUCAUUGACCCUUAACAGUGCCGCAUCUCAGCUUGGAAGUCAGCUUUAAGUCAUUCAAGAGAACCUCAGGUUGUUUUUCUGACAGUGAUGAUAUGAUAUACAGAUACAUCCACAGGGUAUCUAUUACCAGCAUAAUGCAUUGUAAGAUGGCAAGGUGGCAUUUUGAAAGAGCGCUGGGCAAGCAGUUAGCACAUCUGGGCCUACCUUCAGCUUCAUCAUUUACAAACGUCUGACCUUUUGACACUAAAGCUGCUCCUUUAUCUUUCUGAGUCUCAGAUUCUUCAUCUGUAAUCUGGAGUUAAUUCCAGUCCUUACUACCUUUUAGAGUUGGAAUGAGAUGGAAAGUAGAUGAAACUAAUUUGAAAAUUACGACAGUUAAGGGCUGGGUGCGGUGUGUCACGCCUGUAAUCCCAGCACUUUGGGAGGCCAAGGUGGGUGGAUCAUGAGGUCAGCAGUUGAGACCAGCCUGAACAACAUGGUGAAACCCUGUCUGUACUAAAAAUACAAAAAAAUUAGCUGGGCCUGGUGGCAGGCACCUGUAAUCCCAGCUACUUGGGAGACUGAGACAGGAGAAUUGCUUGAAACUGGAAGGCGGAGGUUGCAGUGAGCCAAGAUUGUGCCACUGCACUCUAGCCUGGGCAAUAAGCAAAACUCCAUCUCAAAAAAGAAAAAAAGGAAAAAGAAAAUUAUGAGAGUUACUUAAAGGUAACAUUACAUACUAAAUGCCUUCUAUAAUCCUAUAUUUAUUAAUGCAUUACAACUCUGUAGAUUGUUAGUUACUAGGCCAGUAGCUAGGAAUUGGUAUAAAUUUAAUGCACCUUCUAUCCUGAAUAACUAGCAUGGAAAAGUGAAUAUAUGCGUGAGCAGAUAUGGCUAUAAAGACCUAUAGCUUUUGCACUUUAUGCAUAUAUAAUCAAUCCUUUCUAGUUCAGUGAAUUGACUCCAUCCACAGGCUGAUUCAUCUUUGUGUUAAGGGGCAAAUGAAAGGGUAUAUUAUUUCUUUGCAGUCUCCCCUCAGUCAUUCAUCAAUGUGGCCAGCUUAUCUACUCCCAAUUAUGUUGUUGAUACAUCUCCAAGCCAUCUGUCAUCAGAUCAAAAAGCAACAAACAGAGGGUCAGUCACAGGAUGUUCUGACACACCAUUGUAACUAACUUUUUGUUAGAGAUGAUCCCGUUUAGAAAAAGACGUAGAAAUUGGAGUGAAAGGAACCCUACAGAUUAGCCCAGUUCUCUCUUAUUUUCAGCUUUACAGACAAGAACAAUUUAAAUCUAAAGAAUUUAGUAGAUUCCUUCAGUGUCACAAAGCUGUUUCAUGAAAGAAUCAAGAUUAUAACCUGGAUAUUCUGACUCCUGGCCCAGUGCUUUUUCUUACUUUGUAGCUACACUUUGAAGUAAGAUUCAAACUGUUAUCCACUCAAUUGCCUUAUUCCUGAGGAUGUAGUGAAGGAAGAAAAAGUUUCCUGGAAUUCCGUAAACUAUAUUUUAAGCUUAUUUCUUCAAAAUUAUUUUCAUAUAUCACAGAUAUAUCAUUGGAAGAUAUAAUUUGCAUAUAUGUUCAUUAUCAGUGUUCCUAAUUUGGUAUUACAUGUGUUCUAUUUUUUUCUGAAUGAUAGCAUGAAAAGUGUCAAAGUGGUUUGUCCGCUAGCGUCUGUCUGCAGAACUUUCAGGAUGACUAUUAAUUCCUCUCAGAUGUCAUUUUUGAGUGGUCCAAGCCUGCUGUUUUAAACCCACAGCAGUGGAGAUUUGUAUUCUUAUUUACAGUUGUGUAUUAUAAAGUGUGUGUUACAUAGGUUUUGUGUAAUAAUUAUUUGUAAAUAUUAUUUAGAUUUGUAUUUAGACAUGAUUUACAUCUAAUAUAGAUACAAAGUCUGUGUCUAAAUAUUAUUUAAAGAAGUGAUUUUUCAUUCUCUUGGAUUCUUUCCAGUGUGGUGCCUUUUAUAUGCCUCACAUAGUCUCCUUGUUCUCCUACUAAUAUUCCCAAGCUCCAUAUGCCAAUUAAAGAAGAAACAAAAAUAAAA